AUGAGCACAGAAGAUUUGGCGGCGAUCGAGAAGGACACCCGCAUACAUCUCCUCGCAGACAAACCUUGGGAUGGCACUUUUUUCCCGAUUCAAACCCGGCGUGUGAACGGUCUUGCCUCUAAGUCCAAGAUCUUUAUGGAAAAGUUGGUAUGCUACCAAGCGUACCAAGACGCCUGCGACACGCUUCUAACCAGCCGGGUGAGUAACUGGGUUGGCGACGUGCAAGAACACAGUACCUCGAAGCCACAGCUCAACAACACCAUCGUGUUCUCUAUCGGCCCGGGGGCAAAAGCACAGCCUCUCCAUCGCGAUGACAUGAUCCACCACCGUGUCAAGGAAAGAAUGGAAUCUUCACAUUAUACCAUCGGCCAGGACAGUGCUAUAGGAUUUCUCGUCGGAGGUAAGAAGACCACCAAAGCGAAUGGGGCCACAAGAUUCAUUCCUGGCUCGCAUCUAUGGAAGCACGACACUCCACCAGCAGAAGACUUGUGCGUCUAUGCCGAGUUGGAACCUGGGGAUGGCUUCAUCAUGCUUGCAUCCUGCUAUCACGGUGGCUCCGCAAACACGACAACGGAUCAAGAGCGUUUGGUUUACAGUUGUUUCAUGACAAAGGGAUAUCUCAGACAAGAAGAGAAUCAGUAUCUCAACAAUCCGCCCGAAAUACAAUCCUCGUUCUACAAUGACGAGAUGCUGAAGCUCAUUGGCUACAAUCUCAGCGCACCAUUCUUAGGCUGGAUUAAAGAGGGACAUCCUUUGGCUGCUCUUGGUAGGGCACAGCCUCUGGGAGAUAUGUACUAG